GAGAUAUUUUUGUGUACCGAAAAUCGACAAAAAGGAGUUGGCUUCAACAUCAUUCAUCAACCAAAGUUUAUAAAAUCAUAAGUUGGAUAAAAAUUGAGGAUUGGGAUUACAAUCAAAUUAAAAUUCUGUAACUAAUUUUAUCACGAACAAAGGUAUCUUCGCAAGAAAAAACAAAUAUAUCAAAUACCAUGGAUGUGCUGCUGGACGAAAUCGAAUCGUUGGAAGCAAUUCUAAUGGAUGACGUACGAAUAAACAGAAACUCGGAAACUGGUGAUCCAGAAAUAAUCGAAACAACUAUUUUCCCGUCUGUUGAGUUUGACUCCGAAGAACAAUACAUCUGUGUAGAUCUUCAAGUUAUACCUUCUCAAGGUUACCCCGAGACAAGUCCAAAAUUUAAUCUCGUCAAACCGAGGGGUUUGGAUGAUUGUCGUUUGGAUAUAAUACGACAAGCGUGUGUUGAAAAGCUUAAAGAAACCCAAGGUUUUCCUGUUGUUUUUGAUUUAAUCGAAGUUGUUCGUGAACAUUUAUCUGGAAGCAAUCUUCCUAGUGGCCAGUGCGUUGUGUGUUUAUAUGGAUUUAGGGACGGUGAUGAGUUUACCAAAACCGAAUGUUAUCAUUAUUUGCAUAGCUAUUGCUUGGCUCGUCAUUUAAUAGCUGCCCGUAAGAACCACCAAGAGGAACAGGAAAAACUGCCUGCUUGGAUUAGAAAGGCCUCGGAACCCUUCAAGGCAAGUUGUCCCGUUUGCCGCGAGACAAUCAAAGACGAAUCGGAGUCUUUAAGAGCCUGCGCACCCCCAAAAGAGCUCAUAAACGCUCCUGAAUUUAAAUUAACCGACGAACUAGUUGUUCUUCAGAAGAAAAUGUCUAAUCUUUUUAUCCAACAGAAGAACAGAGGUGGCAUCAUAGACGUGGAAGCCGAAGUUGGCUCAGUUAUAUCUAUCGAACCAACGCAUUGCACUACCGAAGAACAAGUUAAUUCUAGUAAUUAUCUAAAAGAUCGGCUGCCAUUGGACCAAAACGCCCUUAAAAAAUCCGGUUGCUCUGGCGAAACAAGUGUACGCAAUCCGCAAACACCAUCGUCAAACCGAAAACCAAACCAAGUCAACAAUGAUUUGAGUAAAUCUGAAGCCAAUGCCAGCACCAACUUUUCUCCUGUGGUGUCGCAAUCUCAGCGUAUUCCUUCUGAUCCAACAAAUAACAACUACCACCAUCAUUCUAAUCGCAGACAUUUUCGAGGUCGACGAAACCAUAACCACCACCACCACCGCCAACGGUCCGAAAAUGCUGCCAACUCACACGCAGCGGCACAUCCUGCUCCUACUCCAGCUCCUGCCGGUCAGGCUUCCCAAUCAAAUACUAACAAGCAGCAAAAGGGUCUACCAAACUGCAGCGCAAGCACAAGGUGACACGAGUGCUCGAAGAUUUUGACUAUCUCAAGCUUGUUUAUCAUCUAACAAUGCUCUAAUUCCUCUUCUAUUUUGAAGAAAUAGAUAAGUUCUGAUCCAUAAAUUAUAAGAAAAAAAAAAUACUUCUACAUUUUCACGUAAAAUGACCUAGAGGAACAAAAUAAUUAACAUAAUUUAAAAGAAAGAAUAAAACUCACAUACUCUACAUUUGCGCAAAUGUUUUUGCUCCUAAAUAUAGUUGAAAGAAUUUUAAAGAAGUAUGUCACUAGUCAAUUGUAUGAUAAACAUGCAAUAUUAAUUUUAAAUUAUCUUAUAGUUUAUUUAUAGUUUCAAUUAAUAAGUUAAAUAAAUAGUUCAAUAAUAAACAAACAAAAAUAAAAAUGUCUACUACAACAAAGUAACGUAUGCAUAAAGAAAAUGUAUGUAGUUUCUCUCUAAGUAGUUAUGACAUACAGUAAUUGUGUCAAAUUUAAUUAAUAACAUUUCAUUUGACCAAAAGCACAUGAUUUACGUAAUUAAUUAUCAGCAAUGUAGUUAUACAUAAUAUUUCCAAAUAAAAACUAGUUACCUAUCCAA